AUGUACGUCGCACUCGCUUGCACCGCAUGUCCAUGCACGUCGAAGACUCGGGAUAAUGCCGUCAACCGCGUUGAAAUUGGAGAAGUGGGGGAACUUCAGCUACCUACCAAACAAAAUGGUGAUUACGAGAUCGCACAAUUCUUUCCAGUCAUCAGACGCCAGCAGCAACACUCGCACUCGUCGUACGCACUACUUCCUGCCGGUAAAAUCAAGCUUUGCAUUCGCGUGGAAUUAGAAAAAAACAUAUUGGACCGUGUUGUAACGCAACCUGAAAUCCCCAAGCGCCCUCCUUUCGCACUACCCACCAACUUCGGAGGUGUACUUCAGCUUAAACGGAAACAAUUGAAAGCCACCGUAGCGCCAGACGACAACUCGCAAAAGUCAAAUAACCAGCAGUUUGACUCGAGUGUCUCUGUCCAAUUGUUAAAGGAGAUCGCCAACGAGACAAAACAUGAUUUGAUUAAUGCAGAGAAUUUGAAAGUUGAAGGACAACUUGGAGAAGGCAUUCACUCUUGUGUUAGCCUCGGUAUUUUACACCUAGAGAGCGAUACUCGUGGCCGGCAGGUUGCAGUGAAAGAAUUCCGACAUCAACACGCAGUUCCACCCGUUAACGUCCUCCGUGCUUUUCAACAAGAGUAUCGGAUUCUGGAAAGGUGUCGAAACCAGAAUGGCCAGGAGUACAUAGUUGAACUUCUCGGCGUGAUAUUGGAACCUCGUCUGGUUAUCCUCAUGGAGUACUUCAGUCAUAGCAGCUUGGCCCAGUGUCUGCAAGAUGAAGUCUCGUGGGGUCAAAUAACAAUAAAACAGGCACGCUCAUUAACACUUGGAUUGAAAAUUGCGCGUGGAAUCGCUUGGCUGCACAGGCACGACAUGAUUCAUCGGGACAUUAAAACGCACAAUAUCCUUAUUGGCGCCGAUCUGGCAACACCAAACGCAAGAGUGAAGGUCGGGGAUUUAGGCAGUGCUGUAGUUUGGCAGCAGCACGAACCACUGCUUCUGGAGGAGGUAGGGUCGUCUGGAUACACUGCUCCCGAGAUAUUUACACACCAGGGUUAUGGCAGCAAAGUCGACGUUUGGAGUUUUGGAGUUGUGCUGUGGGAGGUAGCUUCAAGCUCGUUGCACAAUCGGGUUAAUCCAUUCACGGGAAUCACAGGAGAGGAAUUUGUAAGCAAAGUCCAAAGCGGAUGCCGACCCCAUUUCGCUCACACCCAUCAGCUCUGUGUCAAGCCUGUCGUCGAGAAAUGCUGGACACUCAAUCCGUCACUACGACCCACUAUGGAUGAAGUAGUCAACGAGCUAGAAAAACUAUGCUCCCAGCUCUAG